AUGGAAAAUGAAUAUACUUUUAAUUAUGAUGAAGUCAAACGAAUAUUUGAAAGUGUUCCACAAACAAAUUCAACAAAGAAAAAAACUAAAUCUAUUCCCUAUAAAACUCGUUUUCAAGCUCGUACAAAACUACCCAGUAUUAUUAAAAAUGAUGAACAUUUAAUUCAAACUCGUUCAAAUACAAAUUCAUUGAUGACAAGUCAAUUAAAUCAAACAUCAAGAACAAUUUCAUUUACUUUACAAAGUAUUCGUGUUUAUCAAAUAAUGCAAAUUGAACAAUUUUGCUUUCAUACACAGCACGAUUUUUAUGUAAUAUCAAAUAUUAUACAAUAG